GGGAGAGCGAGAGCAAUUGCACACACAUCGUUCCGUCGUCCGUCUGAAAGUGUGUCUCGUCUCGUCGCGCGUUUCGCUUUUUUUCGCUUGCCGAGAGGAAAGAAUUCCAGUGUGACCCGUUAAACCCACGGAAAAACGGUGCAAAAUUCCCGCCGAGACGUCCGCCACCACGUCCGCUAGAGGUUUUCUUUUAUUUUUUGGUUUUCCCUUGGUUUUCUUUCCUGGUUUUCCCGUCAGCUCGGAAACCGGUCACCGAUCUUUCCUACUGCCUUAAGCCGCCCCGCUGACCGCAGCAUCGUUUGACGCGUCCCCUUACGGAUCCAGAAGCAGCAGCAGCAAUCCAGCACGACAAUGGCCGACCAGCAGCAGUACUUCCUCAAGUGGAAUGACUUCCAGACCAACAUGGUGACCUCGUUCCGGCAUCUACGCAACGAGAAGAGCUUCACCGAUGUUACACUGGCCUGCGAAGGACAAACGUGCAAAGCACACAAGAUGGUCCUGUCGGCGUGCAGCCCGUACUUCAAGUCACUGCUGGAGGAAAACCCCUCGAAGCACCCGAUCAUCAUCCUGAAGGACGUCUCGUACAGCCACCUGCAGGCGAUCCUGGAGUUUAUGUACGCCGGCGAGGUGAACGUAUCCCAGGAGCAGCUGCCCACGUUCUUGAAAACCGCCGAUAGACUGAAAGUGAAGGGCCUCGCAGAGACCCCCACGAAUAUCAAACGGGAGGGCUAAGCGCCGUCACCGGUGCCAGAUGUGCAAGAUUACAAACAGAAAGAAAGAAAACAACAACACACAGACAGACACGUUGAGCAGUGCGUCGCGUUAGCCCGCGGAAAACUCUUUCCUCUCGCAGAUUCAACCAUUCUUUACACAGACACUAUUGAAAGGCAAAAAGAAAAUCACGUACGCAAAUCUACUGACACGAUACAUUAACCAGUUGGCAGUUUUUAAGGGAAAAUAAACUCUUUUUUUGAAAUAGGUAACAAUUACAUACAUACAAUUAGGAGACCAGUUUAAAACAAAAACAGUAAGCAUACUAAAAAUCGAGGGGAGAGGAGCGAGCGAUGCGAUCGUGCGUAUAGUAAGAAUAUUAAAAUUUAACACUAAUAAUAUACAGAAACAAGAAAACAAACAUUGUGAAAAGGAAGCAGAGAUAACCGAACUCUUUUCACAUACAUAUUUCUUAGUUUUUACCUUUACCGAUAUAGAGCAACGUUAAAUUCCAAAACCAAUUAUUGAAAAGUAAAAAAAAAGCAAAAAAACAGAGCAAGUAUCUUCCUAAAUUUUACUCAGUUGAUCGGAUUCGAUGAUGGGGAAAUUCGCACCUUUGAGACAAUUUGUAUGCUAUCUUACGUUGUUGAACACACAAGAAAAAUGAAUAAAAACAACAAAAUAUCCUAAAACAUAGACCGGUUUACUAGUACUGCUUCAGAGGCUGUACCGAUAUUUAUACAGUUGUGCAGCUUUCAGCUCGUCAAGGAAAGGGAAAAUUACAAUUGGCACCAAAUUGUCCAGUUUGGCAUCGCGAGAAAUAAGGAAAAAAGAAGAAGUUGGCGCGCGCGCGUUUCUAGUAAUGUGUAAAUAAUGUGGGAAAAUUGCGGAUCAAGUUAAAAACGGAAACGGAAGCAGUGCUCGCGAAACGGGAGGUGCACACUAAAGAGAGGAAGAGAAAAAAAAAAGAUGGAAGAGAGCAGCAAGAGGAAAAAUUAUUAAGAACGGUCUGCGCAGAAUAUAUACUAAAGAAUGGAUCAAUUUUUAAAGUAGGAAAUAUACAUUACUUGCAAGUGAAAGGUUAUCUUUUCCAGUUUAAUUCACACUUAUAUAUUUUUUAUUAUUAUUUUUCUUGUGAAAUCGCCUCUAUUUUUCGUUUUGCAAUCCAACAACACUUACUUAAUGCAUGAUUUAUUUCCUUUUUUGAUCAAAUCCUUUGUCACACUUACUCGAUUGAGAUAUGUACCCGCUACCUAUUAUAUAUUUUUUGUUAGCACAAUUGUAUUUCACGAGAAACAGUAAAUUUCGUAGGAAUUAAACAAG